CUCCGUGUGCAGAGAGCACUUCUCAUAAUGUUUGGUUUUCUGGAUGGAAUGUCCACAUCAUUGGGAUCUCCGGGAGAGGGAGAAGGGAAAGACUAGAGUCACAUUAUUCUCUGAGGAUUUUAAAGGACAGGAGGCCAACAGCACAGCACAGACUUAAGCUCCUGAAUGUAAAGGAAAGAAAAUAUCAAGAAAUAAAGGAGGAGAAAAAUGAAAGAGAAGUCUCAGCUCUGAAAGAGGAGCUGAAUAAGCUAAAGGCUUUUGCUCUGCUGGUUGUAAAGGAGCAACAGUGUCUAGGUGAUCUGCUGGAGGAGCAGAGGCAUUGCGUCAAAGAACUGACCACUACCACAGACCGCAUCAAGCAUAACGUCAGUUCUGCUUACUGUAGUACAAACAAGGAGCAGCUCACUUCCCUGCAAAAAGUUUCCAGCUUCAAACAAAGCCGGAACACCAUGACAGCCCAAAGUGUGCUGUCAGAGGUGGAGGUACUAAGGAGAAGAGUCGUGGAAAUGGAGGGGAAGGACGAGGAACUGAUGCGGAUGGGGGACCAGUGUCGAGACCUGGACCGCAGACUAGCGAGGGAGAUCAGCCAUGGCCGUAGCCUGAGGGUUGAGGUGGAUAAACUCAAUGGAAGAAUCAGUGAAUUGGACAGGCUAGAGGAGGCUUUAAUUAAGAGCAAACAGGAUUGUAGUGUUCUGAAGGGGAGCUUAGAUAAAGAGAGAGAGGUUAGCAAGAUGCUGUCAGGUGAGCUUGAUUCUUUGAGAGUCAAGGUGAGAGACCUAGAAGCUGCCGAGAGCCAAAUGGAAAAAAAUGAAACAACGAUUAGACAGGACCUGACAAAGCUGAGGUCACUGACUGUGGCUUUGGUGGAGGACAGAAAGAACAUGGCUGAGAGGCUACAGCAGGCUGAGGAAAAACUAAACAGGAAGGAGGGCAAGCACAAUGAGCAAAGCAAUUUGACAACAAUGACAGAAAGACUAAAAGAAGAGAGGCAGCAGACUUUCAAGUCUCAAGCAGAUUUAGAGGAAAAGCUUAAGGGUAUAGCAAAGGAGAAAGACGAGCUCCAAGACAGACUAAAAAUGGAAGAGGGGAGGAACAUUGAGCUACAGAAUAAAGUAACCAUAAUGAGAAAAAGAUUACAGGUCUUGGAAAACAGGAAAGAGAAAGAGGAGAAGUACACACAUGGCUCUAUUCCAAACAAUGCCAGCCAUCACUGCCAAACAGAGGACAACAAAUUCAAAGAACUGACUGAAGAGCUAGACAGGCUGCGGAAGAGACUCCGGGACAAGGAAGUGUUGGAGGGAGAGCUGUUGAACGUGGUAGAGAACUUUGAGUCCCUGGAGAAGAGGUUCAAGGAUGAACAGAGGAGGUCCAAGGCUCUAACAGAAGAACUUGAGGUAGCAAAGAGGGAACUUUCCAGGUAUGAGCAAGCAGAGAAGCAAGAAGUCAACCAGGAGCACCUCCUCCUCUGUCGUCUUCAGAAGGAGCAGGUUAAGUCCAGACUUUUAGCCAGAGAAGUAGAUACCUUGAAGGAGAAACUCCAGCAGCUGAUGGGGACUGAGGAGUCCAUUUGCAAAGUGCAGACUGACCACUCCUCACUACAAAGGAAAGUGAUCCAGCAAGAAGCCAGGAACAGAGAUUUGGCCAGAGAGAUGAAAGAACUGGCAAGUGAGCUAGACAGAUAUAAACAAGUCAAGAAUCGGACACCUGGUGCUGACAGAAAUGACUUUUCAGACUUCCAUCAGACCACCAAAGGGGUACAAACUGAGCCAGUAGACAGUCUGCCUCCUGACUACGGCAAGCACAGUGAGAAACAAGAUGAAGAAAAUGACGACAAGGACCCAAAUUGCAAUGCAAAAGUCAUAAACAGAAGACCUUCUCUUCUUCUCAACAAUCUCAACAGCUUGAACAGUGCAAAUAACAACAUGAGCCAAUACAGUAGCCAUUCAGGUAACAGCAUAGAUAUGCACCAAACAGUUAAUGGGGAGGUUAUGAUGUUAACACACACACGAGGGCAGCCCUUGCACAUCAAGGUAACACCACAUCAUAUACUUAACACAGCAACACUCGAGAUUAGCAGCCCCACUGGAGACACAGCCCCAUCCUACACCAGCACGGCUGUCAUCCCAACAAGUGGAGCCUCACCCAAGCAGAGAAUUACCAUCAUCCAAAACUCAAGUCUGCCUGCAGCCAGUAUUAAAACCCCCCCAUCAAGUCCCGCCCGCCCCAUCUCCCCACUUCAUGGCACGACCAUAACUCGGGUGUUAAGUCCAAAUUCAUCACGCUCUGUGACACCUGACCUCAACGGCUCCCCCAUUCAGAUUGUUACUGUCAGGACCUGCUCACCAGAGCCAAUUGAGGCUGCAAAUCAGGCAGUUUUUUGUAAAACCCCGGAGUGGCAGAACAGCUGGCAACAUCAGAAGUCCAACAGUGCAGACACAAGUCCCAGUAUUAUCACCACAGAAGAUAACAAGAUCCAUAUCCAUUUGGGGAGCCCUUAUAUCCAGUCUGUCAAUGGUAUGACCCACAGCCAUUCACAACCUGAUGGACAAUACUAUCUUAGACAUGAGCAAAGGACUCAAGUACUCACCAGUGGCUGCCAUGUCAAAGGUGCUGGCAAGAUUACAAGUAGCAUCACUAUAUCCCCUGCUACCUCUCCAGGCUCACACCCCUCUAAUAUUACAGUAAGUGGCCUAUGUGAUUAGGUAAAUAAAUAUAUAAAUAUAUAUAUAUAUGCACACGUUGUUAUAUUCUGUAACAAUGGCCAUAUAAAUGUUUAUGGUAUUUGUCCUAAAAGAGCAUUUGUAAAACCUGCUAUAAUUAAUGCGUGCCUAGACUGACUUUGAACAAUACCUUUAUUGUUUGUUUAUUUUUCCAGUACCUGUAUCAGAGCUAAUUGAGAUAUCAUUGCAACCAAAUGCAUGAUGUACAUACUUUUCAUAAUUUUGUGUUUCAUUUAUGUUUUUUUUUGUCUGUUAAUUAAAACAAUUUGUAUCGUU